AUGGGGAUCAUCUCUAGGAAGAUUUUCCCGGCUUGUGGGAGCAUGUGUGUUUGUUGUCCUGCUUUGAGGUCAAGAUCAAGACAGCCUGUUAAACGUUACAGAAAAUUGCUUGCCAAAUUCCCUAAAUCCCCUGAUGAGCUUCCAAACGAAAGGAAAAUCGUCAAAUUAUGUGAAUAUGCCGCUAAAAACCCUUUUCGGACCACCAAGAUAGAAAAAUAUCUUGAAGAACGAUGCUACAAAGAACUGAGAUCUGAGCACAUCAAACUAGUCAAGAUUGUAGCAGAAUCUUUCAUUAAGUUGCUUUCCAUUUGUAAGGUGCAAAUAACAUAUUUUGUUGUUGAUGUGCUUAAUGUGAUUUCGGGGCUCUUGGACUAUUCCAAGGAUGAGACUAUUCAGACACUUGGUUGCCAGUCCUUAACAAGGUUCAUCUACUGUCAGGUAGAUUCUACUUACACACAUAACAUGGAGAAAUUGGUGAAGAAAGUAUGCAUGCUAUCACAGGAGCCCGGUGAAACACUCGAAAACUGCAGCUUGAGGGCGUCGAGCUUGCAAUGUCUAUCAGCAAUGGUUUGGUUCAUGACUGAAUUUUCAUACAUUUUUGCUGAUUUUAUGACAAUCGCUCUAGUUGCUUGAUU